CUAAUUGAUUCUUUUGCUGAAUGGCGACUCUCUGACCCACCUGUCAAUACCGACAGUCCAAAGAUGGCUCAACUAACUUCAGUGCAAUGGCGGACCUUGUUAGAUGCAGCCAGUGAUACCGAAAAACCAUAUCUACAAGCACUCCUAGAUAGUGCAAUCAAAAGGGAACAGGAGGCAGAGAAGGAGAGGAAGGAGACCUUGCUGAAAAGGCAGGUGGCCAUCCUAGAGAUUGUUCCCUCACUGACUGAAGAGCAGUGUGGGGAACAGCUACAGUCUAUACUCACCGCCCUUGUUCAAGUCAAGAACCUUGAGGAUCAUACCACUCAGAUCGCUGAAGUCUUUGCAAAGUUGCAGACACUUCAAUAUGAUCUGACUGAUAUGACCGGCAAGUACCAUGAAUUAACAAAGGAGGUGGCUGAGCUGCUACAAGCCCAAGUGGCCAACCCUCUUCCUCUACCCCCUGGAUUUGAAGCUGCAAUCGAAACUACCUCUGCCCCUUUUACUGUAUCUUCAUCCUUGAAUGUGAUGGCAACCCCUUCGGGACAUGCAACAGGUGCAGAUUCCGUUGUUGCUGUGACAAGCAACGAGGCUGGAACCUCUGCAACUGCUGCAGCCCCAAGAUUGGAACCAGCAGGUGAUGGUCCCAGCUACGCCGGUCCCUAUGUGGAUCGUAAGGCGGUUCAAAUACCGUCUAAGUACGACGACAAGGAAGACAUCGAAUCCUGGAUCAGCUCCAUAAUGGCAUAUUUCGAGAUUCUGGGGACUCAACCUGAGAACCAGUCUGUGAUCAUGGGAAUGAAUGUCGAGCCAGUCGUUCGGGGCUUCUUAGAAGUCCAAGCUACACGGGCUCGGAUUCCUAAAAUCCAACUAACAAGAUGGCUUAAGCCCACCCCGGUUGCCUCCCUCGAGGAACUCCUCAUUUCACAAUACUUGGAUCCACAUGUUGCAGCAAGGGCACGAAUUCAGCUUGACAAAAUCAAGCGCAGCAAGUGAACGGGCUCCAUGAAAAGCGUGCAGACCUAUCUUAGUGAGAUGUUCGCUACACCUGGAUUGGAGGUAACUGCUCAAUCUUGCUUGGAUGUGGUCAAGGGCGCAGUUCCCACGA